AUGGGAAACGGGGCCAGAGCCCAGCAGAAGCGCGAGCGCAACGCGACUCAAGGCAAGAGCGUUGCCAAGUCGCAGACCAAGAGCAGGGGCUUGCAUCCCGCUAACACUCAAGUCGCACAGAAUGAGAAGGCUAUGAACAUUCAGUGCCAGAUUUGCAAACAGACUUUCCUGCAGACUACCAAGGCGCCUGCUCUCCUCGAGCAUGCCUCCAACAAGCACAAGAAGGGUCUCGCGGAGUGCUUCCCCGGAGUGAGCGCCUAG